AUGCGCUCUAUAGUAUCACCUAAAUUAAAAUCAUCUACAAAAGGAAACAACUCAUCAUUACGUCAGACAAAGGAUAAGAAAUCGAUUGGUUACUACCCAGCGCCUGCAGCUUUCUCAGCUCCUCCAGAUUUUGGACCUAACUGCGUCCCUCCGGCCGUUGCCAGGCAAAUUGAUGCACAUAUGGCCGAAUUAAAUCGUGCUAAAGAAGCCAAGAAAGCGAAAAAGAUGGUUGAAAAGAAAGAAAGUACAACUAAAACAAUUAAAAACGAUCCUCAGUUAGAUGUUGAAAAAUAUCAAUUAUGCGUACCACAAAAUCCAGCACGAUUCUCAGCAUUGAGUGUAAGUGAUUCAAAUCACCCACGUCCUUCUCUUUUACAAAAUCCUCAAAGAAUUGUAGCUGAAGGUCCAUUUGCUGUGAACGAAGCUGUUAAACCAUCAGUUGUUUCAAUUGAUUUCGAUGGUUUGCAGCCUUUAAGAUUAAAUCAAGGCACAUCAAACCCAGAUACAAAGAAAACUCUUCGCGAUCUUCAACUUCUCGUUCAAGCAUCACUCAGAUCGAGAAAUAUCAAAGACGAAUCAUCAGCUUACUUCAACAUUGGCCUUCUUUACGAAAGUGAAGGUUAUCUUAAACGCGCGAACGAAUAUUACAUGAAAUACUUACAAACAUUAGGUGCUGAUGCAGAUCCUCUUGUUUUUAACCGUAUUGCCGUUAACUAUCAGCUCAUGGAAAUGUAUGAUGAAGCUAUUGAAUGGAAUAUGCGCCAUCUUUCAUUUUCAAGGUCCAUGUUCGAAACAAUAGCCGCCAACUGUAAUAUAGCCCUCAUUUACAGAGCCAAAGGUGACAAUCAAAGAUCAGUUGAAUUUUAUCAAGCGGCAUUAGAUACAGCAACAGAGAUGAAUGAAGCGGAAGAUUCACCAUUUUACGAACAGAUUGAGAAAAUCCGUGGUGCAUUAAAGGAUGAACUCGUUUUGGCCGAAAGAGAAUCUUUAGUUAACGAUAUUGGAGCUACACAGCUUUCUCAGCUCGCUUUCGGUGAUCGUCUCAAGCGCUCUGAUAUAGGCCGAAGACAAAUAGACGCUGAGGAACAGUAUUACAGCCAAGAUGCAAGAAUUUCACAGGAACAAGGAGAUUUGAGUACCGCUUACAACGCGUUGAUAUCUAAUGGUAAGUUAAACUGCUUCUACGGUGAUUUCGAGCGCGCAGAGAAGUUCUAUCUCGAAGCUCUCGAAGUUGCUAAAAAGAUUGGCUCUUCUGAGUUGAUAAAUCAUGCAAAAGUGGCAAUAGGAAUCGUUAGGGGUAAUAAGGAUAUGAAAAUUUAUGGUUUAUUUGAUGAAGCUGGAGUUCCUGAUCCAAAAUUGUUUACAAAGGACGAUUUCCCUCAGAAUGCUAUAUAA